GGGGGCUUUCCGGAAAGUUGCUCCUGCUCCUACCUCGUCGACAAAUAGCAGGGACUCGAACUGCGCCGGACAAGUUGCCAUCUCCGACGAGACUCCGAAAUCGAAGAAGUCCGCCACCUCUCCGUCAGCUCAACCAUGAGCCGCCAUCCCACUGUGAAAUGGGCUCAGAGAUCCGACAAGGUCUACCUCACGGUUGACCUAGCGGACGCCAAGGAUGUGAAAGUGAAUCUGGAGCCUGAAGGAGAAUUCAGUUUCUUCGCCACAAAAGAAGGCGUCCCCUAUGAAGUUGAUCUCAAGUUGUUUGACAGGAUCAAUGUCAAGGAGAGCAAACUCAACAUCAGCGCAAGGAGCAUCGUGUAUGUUGUAAAGAAACUCGAUAAGAAAUGGUGGAGUAGGCUGCUAAAAGAAGAUGCAAAGCCACCAGCUUUCCUUAAGGUGGACUGGGAUAAGUGGAUCGAUGAAGAUGACGAGAAUGCAGAGGAAGCUGGAGACAAGGAUCGCGAUGACCAAACAGACGACAACAUUUCGUUGCGGAAGAAUCGCAAAAGGAGGAAGAAAUCAAAGAAGAAGAAGAAGAAGAAGAAGAAGAAGGGUCUGCUUCAGCUAAUAGCACAAAAACUGAGGUUUGCUUGUAUAAGCAAGGAGUGAGGUUGAAGAACUCAGCUUGGCAAGGUCUGGAUGGCUUGUUCUUGUAGAGUAUGGUCUGAUGCUGUUGAAUUGUAUAUAGUAAAGAUGAGGUUUGUUGCGAAUUGGAUUUGUAUUGUUCAGAUGGUUUAAUCCUUAUAGAAACUUCUUCGAGCA